UUCUCUUCCGCAGUCCACUGAGCUUUGAGCCAGUCUCUGCACUAGUGCUUUUGAUCGAUUCUCACGACUCCAAACGUCUUCAUAGUCAUCAUUAUAACUAAAGAACUAUCACAUGCUUUCAUGAUUCCUUCAAUUUUAGGGUUCCGUUAGUGUGCUCCUGUUCAUUUAAACUCCGAGAAACCCUAGCUACAAACGGGUCGGGUUAUGGAACCAGUUAUCGGCGAGGAAUUUGAGUCUGUCGAGAAAAUGCGCUGUAAUGAGGUGGAUUCGAGUUCAGGGAAGAAGGAGGAGAAUGGGAGAGUGGAGAUUGAUACUUCGGCCCCGUUUGAGUCGGUGAAGGAGGCUGCGACGAGGUUUGGUGGCAUUGGCUACUGGAAACCCUCUCAAUAUAAGAUCUCCGAACUUGAGCACGAAAUGGAGGAGGUUGACAUUGUGAAAAUGGAGAAGCUGGCAGCAGAGUUGGAGAAAGAUCUGGUUAUCAAAGAAAGAGAGGCCUUGGAUGUAUUGAAAGAGCUGGAAAGUACCAAAAUGAUUGUGGAUGAACUAAAAUCAAAGCUACAGAAACAAGCAUCUGAACUCAAUGUAAGGUCUGAGUCGAAUGUGGAGGAUACUAAUGAAACUCCUGCAUGCAUAGAAGCUAACAAAGAAAACCAUGAGACUCAUGUUGGCCAUUUGAAUUUGGUUGAAGGUUUGGGCAGUUGCCCCUCUUCAGCUCCAGGUUUAAUCUUAAUGGAGCUGAAACAGGCGAAGUUGAACAUCUCGAGGACUACUAAUGAUCUUGCCGAUAUACGAGCCUCUGUUGAAUCACUUAAGAGAAAACUAGAGAAGGAAAGAACCUCUCUUGAGAAUACCCGUGAGAGGUUGGCACUGAAUUUGUCAAAAAUAUCCUCUAUUGAGGAAGAGCUGAAUGAAACAAAACUGAAGCUGCAGCUGGCAAAAGACACAGAAAUAAAAGAUGGUUCAGAAAAUCAUUUGGACAUCUCAAGGGAGCUCCAACGUUUGACUUGCGAGGCUGAGCAAUUCAAAAAGAUGGGAGAAAAUGCCAGAUUAGAAGUUUCAAGAGCAAUAUCUGAAAUUGGGCUGACAAAGGCUAAAAUAAAAACAACUGAGACCAGAUUGGUUGCCGCCAGGAAAGUGAAGGAAGCGGCUAGAGCAUCCGAAGCCUCUGCUGUAGCUGAGAUCAAGGCCUUGCCAAGUAGUGGCUACACUUUAGGAAAUAGCUUGCAAAAGCCUGAAGUAGUAACUCUUUCAUAUGAAGAGUAUUCUUCUCUAUCCUGCAAGGUACGAGAUGCUGAUGAACUUUCCAAGAUAAGGGUAAUUGAGGCAAUGCUUCAGGUUGAUAAAGCAAAUGUAUCAAAAAUGGAAAUUUUGAAAAUGGUUGAGAAAGCUACAGAAGAAGUUAAGACUAGUAAGAAGGCAUUGGAAGAAGCUUUGAGUCGAGUAGAGGCUGCAAAUAGGGGGAAACUAGCAGUGGAAGAAGCACUUCGCAGAUGGAGGUCAGAUCAUGGGCAGAAAAGGUGUUCUGUACACAAAUCUACAAAGUUUAAGAGCUCUUACCCAUCUCACAAUCAUAGGGAGUCUUUUAUGCUUGAUGUGAAUGGAUUGAACUUGGCUGGAGAUGGAUCAACAGUGCCUGUUUUGAAGCCUACGCUAUCAAUAGGCCAAAUAUUGAGUAGGAAGCUACUUCUGCCAGAAGAGUUUGAAACAGGAAAAAGAACUGUGAAGAAGAAGGUGUCACUUGGUCAAAUGCUGGGGAAACAAAAUGGUAAUGUACAACCUUCACAGGAAGCUGAUAAGGAAAGUGGCUACAAGCAAUUUUCUGGGAAGAGAAAGAAGUAUGGAUUUGCUCGGUUUUCGCUUCUUUUGACAAAGCAACAUAAGAAGAAGACAAAGCCAACACUGAACCUGAGGUAAUGCUAUGUUGAGAGUUAUCCUUCGGUAGAUUUACUGCCAACUUCUCAUGUCAUUUCCCUUUGCCCUCGUUUGCCCUCUUGCAUGGCCCUCCUCCUGUCAAGUCUUCUCAUCUAGUUGGCAGUUGUAAAAUAUUAGUGGUAUCUAUAUUUCCUCAUCCUUUUCAAGGUUAUUCUUAAGAUUUUUCGCUUCAGCUUGUAUGACAUUCUGGAGUAUGCUAUUCUAACGGUGGAUUUUUAAACCUGUCUUGUAUAUAAAUAUGAUACCUUCUGAUU